CUCUUUGCCGACGUUUUGAAUGGCUGAGCAAUCGGAAACUCGAGAAGAUGAUUUGGAGGCAAAAAUAAAAGAUAUUUUUGAUCUAUUCGACCAUGAACGCAACAAAACGAUAGACUUCAGAGAACUCGGGACUGUAAUCCGAGCAUUAGGUGGUGUCCCAACGGAAGCAGAAAUUAUAUCACUGGUUCGUGAGUUAGAAAAUGAUCCACCAAAUGGUUACAUCAAUUAUGAAACAUUUCUUCCAGUGAUGAUGCAAGCAAUGAGACAAAAAAGAUUUGAACCUGUGUCUGAAGAAGAAUUAUUGAAAGCCUUUUUAGUCCUCGAUCCAGAGAAAAAAGGAUUUCUAAGUGCUGAAGCUCUCGAAUCAUACAUGGUUUCAUCAGGGGAACCAUUUACAAAAGAAGAAAUGGAAGAGAUGUUGGCAGCUGCAACAGACUUCUCAAAAGGGAAGAUUAUGUAUCGCGGAUUCGUAAUACAAUUGGCAACCUUUGAUGAUGAGAACACCUAAUCUUCAUGAAACAGAUUAGUUUAAGUGAUACAUACUAUUCUAAUAACUAGUUAACCUUUACCAAUUCCAAAGAAAAAUACAAAUGUUAAUUGUACAUCUUGUAUCAAAAAAUAUAUAUU